CCCACACCUAUAAACUCCUCCUCCCAACCCUCAUCCCCAGUAACUCCCUACUCCCUGCAACCCCUCUAACUCCCCUUCCAACCCUUAAGAUUUCCAGCCAGUCCACCUACAAGCCAAGCGCCCGAACAAAAAUCUGAAAUAGCUGGGCUUAAAGGACCAGAAGUGGAACUGCGUGGAAUAGAAGCAGGAAUAGAGGGGAAAAGUUGGAAUUUUAGGGGGUUUUAGGGGUGAAAUUAGUCUUCUUCUUGAGGGAAAGGGGUUCCUUGAAUGGGGAGUGGAGGAGGUUUGGGCAUUGGAGGGUGAGGGAAGUGUCCCAGGUGUUUUUGAUGUAAGAUUAUUGGGAUAGAAUUUGUUAAAGCUCGUUUCUGUGAAGAUAUGGAUGGUUUUUCCUUUGAUCUAUUCUUUAGGGAAAGUAAGUUUUGAGAGAAACGUUCUGGGCAUGUUAUAGUCAAAGAUGAGCUAAAAUAUAGACUUGCAUCAAGGAUCCUCUCUUCUCUUGAUGAUUCAUGAGGAGGUUAAA